AUGGGAGCCGCAGUUGAGCCCGACCUGAAAUCGACGGCGACAACGCCAACCCCGCAUUCUUUCCCUUCAACGCUUGAUAUCGAGACCGCUGAAUCGCAACCUUCAGAUUGCGAUGUGAAUCUCAAGAUCCCCAAAGUUUUUCCUUGUGAAAACAUCAAGGACAUGGCGGGAAACGUAGCCAGAAUCGGGAUUCGACCAUACAACAGCACAAACCCGACAUCGAUGGCCUUAGUACCAGUGGAGACACCAAAUGAAGACGGCACUACCACUGUCAAGCGCCAUCUUCCAGGUCAACCGCGAGUUCGGCUGGACGAUCAAAAUCCCGGCAGUCACUGGAAGACCUUAACGUUAUAUUUGAAUGAGAACCACCUGACCACGAAGCUGGACGGUAUGUUCAAGUAUAUGAAGUAUGUCUUUGUCCAAACUCCAUCUUUCCUUCACAUCAUGUCUCUCCACCAUCAGUACGCACACGACCGAGAGAUCAAGAUCGACGAGCAUCCCUGUCUUCAUCUGGUCUGGUACUACGAGCGAAUCUACGUCAAACCCAUCCCGGCCUACUUCUACUGCGCCGCCUUCUGGGAGUACAUCGCCAACGCCCACCUGGAUGUUUAUCGAGCUUGCCUCGGCUUCAUGAGGAGCUACUACUACUUGAUCCAGUAUGAGGUCGACUUUGCGUUGGCAUGCGAGAAGAUGUUGAUACCCAAAAAGUCCAACGGGCAAUUUCCCACAUACGAAGAGUGGUGCGACUUCAUCGAGCCCUUUACCAAAAUCCACGACAUCCAAGUCCCCAAGCGGUACCACUACGGCGAACUGCGCCUCAGUCGGCUCAACAUGGCUGCAGCUUUCUUCAAGAGGAAGCUGGCCUUCUUCCACAUUUACCCUCAAUGGGGCUCCUUCCUCACCCACAGCCUGGGACCCCUGCUCACCAUCUUCGCAAUCUGCUCCGUCGUGCUCAACUCGAUGCAGGUCAGUCUGCAGGCGCUCGACACAGAUCUUCCGAAAGACCAUGCAUGGCCCACGUGGAAGGCCGUGUCGGUGUGGUUCCCUAUUGUCGUGACGAUUUUGAUUGCCGUGGUGAUCCUUCUGGCUUUCAGCGGCGUUUGUUUCAUGGCUGUGGUAGAUCUCUACAGUGGCAUCAGGACGCGUCGCAGGAAAAGAAGAGGUGAUGCGACAGCUGGCAAAAAGACACAUGGCGUUAUCUGGUAG